AUGAAAGUAGAACCAUCCAAUGAUAAGGUCCGUUCCUAUUGCAGAGUGCCAAGGUUGUAAUAACAAUAACUCGUAAAUCUUGUUUAUAAAGAGGAAUGGAAAAUCAAUUAGGCUGCUAAAUUAUUGAACAUUAAGUAUGCCACGGCUAAAAAUAUUGUGCAGAGAUUCAAGAAAACUCACAUUUUUGGAAAAAAAGCCAAACUCCCUGAAUCCAAGAGGUGCCAAUACAAACUGAUCGACAGACCUGAAGUCUAAUCAUAUGCAGUAAAUACCAAAAGUGGAUUAGUAUUCGAUAGUCUUGUCGAAUAUUCCCAAAAGGCUUGAUUGUUAUUUUUUUUUAUAAAUUUCAAUCUCCAUAUAUCAAGAGAAA